CGAAAACAUUAACGGAAGAGCGGAAGUAGAGUUCCGGAUUUCCUGAGUCACUGUUGUCUGGUUCAAACAACCUGAAACCACCACACUUUGCUAACUACUGUGCACAUUGUUUGUAUUUUUAAGUUAUUUUCAACAAUGGAGAGCACUGUAUCAAAUGUAGAGGUCUGUAAUUUAGCUUACACGGGGCAGUUUGAGAAAUUAAAGGAGUGCAUUCUGUCAGAUAAAACGCUUGCCUGCAAAACGGACCAGGACUGUAGAACCGCUCUGCACUGGGCUUGCUCAGCUGGACACACCAACAUUGUGGAGUUUCUUCUUGACCUGGGAGUGGAAGUGAAUCUGCAAGAUGAUGCUUUGUGGUCCCCUCUUCACAUCGCAGCGUCAGCAGGCAGAGAAGACAUAGUGAAAGCUUUAAUAUCCAAAGGAGCUCAGCUGAAUUCUGUGAACCAAAAUGGAUGCACCGCUCUGCACUAUGCCGCCUCCAAAGACAGAUACGAGAUUGCCCAGCUGUUGUUGGAAAGCGGAGCAGACCCCAAUGUCAGCGACAGAUACGAGUCCACUCCCCUUCACAGAGCGUCUGCCAAGGGCAACCACCGCCUCAUCCAGCUGCUGCUCAAACAGAGCGCCUCCACCAACAUCCAGGACUCGCAGGGAAACACACCUCUCCACCUGGCGUGCGAGGAGGAGCGUGUGGAAGCAGCCAAGGUGCUGGUGGAGCAUGGGGCCAGCAUCUACAUUGAGAACAAGGAAGAGAAGACCCCGCUACAGCUAGCCAAGGGCGGUCUGGGCAACAUACUGCGCCGGAUUGUUGAGGGAUGAUUAAUUUAAAGACACAUGUCUCACUCCGAGUGUGUCGUCCCUGGAGUGACAGUCAGAUGUGUAACAGGUGGAAGAUGUGACGUUGUCAGGGAGAAAAGUUGGACUGUACUUUGUUGCUUUUCAGCUCCUUCGAUGGGGCACUGAAACUGCUCCAAACUUGGAUGUCUGAUCAAAAACACUAUGCUGUGCACUUAGUGUGGUUUACCCAAAAAGGCGACAUUUUCUUAUGAUACAUUUCUUUUUAAGUUUGACUUAAAUGACCAAAUAAAAUUUGUUUUCAGCCUGUUGAUAAAAAUAGUUUAGGAUGUGUUUAUCUGUUGUACAUGCGGUCAUUAAAUCCAGCAAAACAUUCA